ACAGUCACAUUUGUGAGCCGUCAAUGGUGGCGCGAUAAUUAUGAGGCAAGGGAUCCGUCCGCUAAGCAAACGUAUCUGGACCGCAAGGAAAACGGAUACCGUUAUUGGUAUAAGACGCGCGAUGAUCCUGAUUGGAGGAGUCGAGUGAAUCACAAUGCCUUCCAGGACUAUAGGCUAUUCAAGUGGGCCUUUUUGUAUGAGAAAAAGUACUAUCAGGCCAUGAAUCCUGGGCAGCGGUUUGAGAUUCAAGAUCGCGCCAAGUCGCCAUCGCCCAUUGAUGAUGAGCUUGCCAAGUUUAGGGCGAUGACGGUUGAGGAAAGCCCGAGUUCAAAGAUCUAUCAGUCUGUCGAGACUCCUCUGCCCGACGAUGACGAAGGUUUUGAUACGGAUUCCCGCCGUAGUACCCAGUCACGAUAUAAAUCAUCGGGUCAGCCCAGGGCACAUCGUGCCGCCUCCCUGCGGGUGGAGCCAAAUGGCUCACCACGUCCCCGAAACAAGAACAGGUUCAACACAAUGAGACGGUUUCAGCAACCACUGGGAACCACACCUCGCUCUAUGGCAGUGGCUCAUUGA